UGUCGUAUCGCCGUAAAGUGCUUCGACGCUGUAGCUGGCGUAGCGUCGGUGGCUAACAGUAAACAGCGAUAAAUUGACAAAAGGAUUCUUCUAAACGGAGUCAUAUUUGUUUCUUUUUCGUGGUUUGAUAACAGUUCAUUGCAAUGGCUGAAAAAUUUGAUAACCUCGAAGAGCAUUUGGAGAAAUUUAUCGAGAAUAUUCGACAGAUGGGAAUCAUCGUCAGCGACUUCCAGCCCAGCAGCCAGGCAGGACUCAACCAGAAGCUAAAUUUCAUGAUAUCCGGUCUACAAGACAUCGAGAAGUGUCGUCAGCAGCUUCACGAGAUCAACGUACCUCUGGAGGUGUUUGAAUACAUUGACCAAGGUCGAAACCCUCAGUUGUACACCAAGGAAUGUCUGGAGAGAGCCUUGGCAAGGAACGAGCAGGUCAAAGGGAAGAUAGACACAAUGACGAAAUUCAAGAGCCUUUUAAUUUCUGAGCUCAGCAAAGUGUUUCCAGAGGAGAUGUCCAAGUAUAAGGCUAUACACGGAGAAGAUGCCCCCUCCUAGUGACUGCUGCACCAAGACCCCUGACCAUCAACCUGUGACCCUCCAGAUGGAAGCAUGAAUGAAGUCUGACCGAGCAGGAUCCUCUGUGCUUGAGAACAGAAUAUGAUGAUAACCGAUUAUUAUUUGUCAUAAACGUUGCGAUGCUGUCUGUGAUCUAGUAUCCUGAGGGAGGAGGUUUCAUUUCUGGUCAGCACCCUGGCUCAGCCAAUCCAGUCCUGUUGCUACAUUUAAACUUCAUGUAAAGAAUUACAAAUCAGUGGCAAGUUGAGAGAGGAAACAGAUGAUCUUAUGCACUGGUUUGUUAACUCGCACGGGUACACAUUCAUUUUUUAAGGCCCCUGUUGAUGCACGGAUACGGAAUUAGCAGGAGAAUUUUUUUUUUAAGCUGCAAGGCUCUUGUCUGGUCCUGCGUUAAAUAAUUGACUCCAUCAGAUGUACAUAUAAUCUAUUUAUACUCUCUAGUUUUUGUAAAGCUUCCUAAUUGUCGUGCAGCAUACAUUUGUAAAAGCCACACUUCAUAACAUUUUGUAUCAAGCUCAGGUUUUUAAUGACCAUGAUCACUGAAUGCAAAUGUUGUUUGAAGGUAAUUCUGUGCCUGAUCACUUGACAUGGUCAGAAAUGAGUCCACCCUUUAUUUGUAACUUGUUUGUAUAAUAAUGUUUGUUAAUAAAUAAUCAUUUUUGGAUUGA